AUGAAUAGCUGCGUGAAAAUCGCAUUAUUAAUAUGCGCGUGUAUAGCGUUAACGUCAGCCCAAUACAAUUUUGGAUUUGCCGGUGGUUAUUUGGGUAGUUUUGGUGGCGCCGGUUUCAAUGGCUUAUCGGCGAGGGAUCCUAGAGCUAACACAGGUCCCGUUGUAUUCCCACCAUCACCACCCGGUGAUCCAUCUCAAACGAGCGGCGUUGUUCCCGGUGCCUCAGGUUAUGGUUUCCAACCUCCAGGCUCGCAAGGUCCCGUCUACCCUCGUUACUUCUACGGCCGAUACUUUUCAAGAAGAUAA